AUGGAGCCCGCAGAGAUUAUAGCGUCUGUGAACCGGGAGAACACCGAGUUGCAGAACCAAAAUCAUCGACUUCUCAGCAAGAUUCAAGAAAUCCAGGAUCAACUUUCUGAAGCGCCUCAUGUCGAACACCAAUCAGAUCAAGCAAUGCUAGCAUGUAGGCAGACGACCGAGUAUUAUGAACGGGAAAUUGCCGCCGGAAGCUGGUCGGGUCACCGAUGGAGCCAGGAAGCGGCAAACCUCAGUUCCAGCGCAAAGGAUCUUCAUCACAGUGCCUUCGCCAACUUCAAGGCUAGCAACAUAAGUGACGAACAGAAAAAGGACCUCAUACAGAAGAUUAUGGAAAUCGAGUCCACCCAUGCCCUGGAGGAUAACAGAGCUCGUCUGAAGAAGGUUUGCAUCAUAUCUUCUGCAAUAAUUGAGACUCGGAACGAUCUGAAUCGCAAACUUGCCGAGACAAACGUUAUGCUUCGCUCAAAGGCGGGAAAGAGCGCGCACGCUCUUAGCAUGGCUAGGAAGGAAAAGAGUACCUUGCAAAAGAAGAUCGAGGAUACAGAGGAAGAAUUAAAAAAGUGCCGAGAAACAGAGGAGCAACUGAGCAAGGCUAUCAAGAGGGAAGUACAACUUGAGCGCGAAUGCCAGCUGUCACUUGCCGAAGCAGAAGGUCUCCGAAUUUCGAAUGACUUCUAUAAGCGCGAGGAUGCAGAUCAGACGCAAACUAUUUCUAGUUUAAAAAGACUGGUAGCAAACUUGCAGAGUACGGAGCGGAACGAAGGAUUCACUAAAACUAUCGCCAACCACAAGGCUGAUAUUGAGCGGCUUGUUGCGAACCAAACCCGACUAGAAGACGAGAUUCGAAAGCAACAAAGUAUCGCCACUAAGGCUCUAGAGAAGAUGAAGGAGCAGAUUGAGAUUACAAAGAAGGCAAAGAAGGAGGUGGCUGUUUAUAAAGGACAUGCUCUGGCUACAACCCACUCACUGCUAGUCAGCCUAUCGCGCAAUAAGUUCGAGGUUGCCACAGAGAUUGUUGAUGAUGUUUUCAAAAGGUUGAAAGAUAUUGAUUCUAAGGAAAAGGCAACACGAGCGAUUCACAGCAUCAAUGGCUAUCUUGAACGGCAAUCCAAGACGAUCGAAGACUACACUGCGAAUGUAAUGUCAAGCAGUGCUGAGGUACAGGAACUGAUAGGGGACCUUCAAAACCAGACUCCAAAGGAAGCAAGGCCAGAUGAGUUGAAGGGCUUCAUUGGGUAUGUACGAGGGUUGCAGCAUAGGCUCGGCAGAGACUGCGCAGAAGAUGAACAAGCUUGA